AAUAAUAUGAAAAAUAAUAACUUGGUUGUUGAUACAUACAAUUGCGAAAAUAAUAAUAGUGAUGAAAGUGAUCAUAACAGCAGCGAUGAUGAAGAUUACUUUAUCCAAUUUAUAAAUAAAAAUAAUGAAAUAAAUAAAUUAAAUAAAUUAGAAAGUAGUUAUAGUGACACCGAUAGUGACAGUGAUUCACCAGCACUACCAUCAUCACCAACACCAACACCAAAACCAACACCAAAACCAAUACCAACACACUCAAAAAAUAAAAAAUCAAAACAAACUCAAAAGAAUAAAACACAAAAUAAAAAUUUAAAUAGUAAUGACGAACUUUUAAAGAAACUACAAACUAUAAAUAUAAAUAUAUCAAAUAAUAAUAAAAAAAUACAUUUAAACACUACACCUGUUAUUCUUAAUAAACAAUCUAAUAAUAAAAAUAAAGUAUUUAUGAAUGAUUUUUGCACUUCUAAUAAUACAACAAAUUUAACCAAAAAUAAUAAUAGUAAUAAUAGUAUUAAUAGUAUUAAUAGUAUUAAUAGUAAUAUUAAUAAUAGCAUUAAUAGUAAUAAUAAUACAGAUAAUAAUAAAGAUAGUUUAGAUAUUACAUUUAGUUAUGUACCCGAGUUAAUGUUUUUCAAAGUCUGGAGAAAUUUAGUAACCAAAUCAUGUAUUUUCAAAUAUAUUAGAUUAUAUAACAUUCAUAAAAGUAGUAGAAAUUAUUUUUUCAAGUUAUGGAGUAAAGAAAUGUUUAUUGAUGACGAAAUUAUUAUUGAAGAUUACAAUAGUUUACAAGACGACAAUGAAGAGGAUGUAAUAGAUGAUUAUAAAAUGUAUUAUAGCAAGCAUCAUAAUAAAUAUGGACAAAUAAACACAAAUGAAACAGAAUUUACAAAAUUAACAAAUUCUUUAUCAACAUCCCAACAAAAUUUUGAUCCAUUUUUCGAUAAAAACCAAAAGAAGAAAGAAAAGAUAAAGGAAAUAGAAUUGGAAAGAGAAAGGCAAAUUAUCGAGAGAGUAUUAAAGUUAGAAUCUGUAGUCAAUUCAUACAAAUAUACAUCAUUUUUGAAAUCGGUGCAUAUAGAUAUACUACAAAAAGAAGAAUCUCUAAAACCAUUACUGGAUACUUUACCAUCCCAUGUCGAUACUCUAGUUUUAGAUAACUUUUAUAAGAAAUCUUUCAUCUUUGAAGAGAAUGUAAUCCCAGAGAGCAUAACUCAUUUGGAAGUUGGUAUAUUAGGUCGAUCAAGAGUUCAGUUCAAAGAGAAUUCAUUACCGAUCAGCAUCAAGUUUUUAAAGUUUACGAAACAUUCGCCGAUAGUUUUCGAUACUAGAAUUUUAAAAAGAUGUGUAAAUCUCGAAACUCUUACAUUUGUAUUUGGUUUUAAUAGAAGAGUGUGGCCCAAUUCAUUACCUUCCUCUUUGAAGUCUCUUAAUCUAGGUUUGGACUUUAACGACACUUUAACAUGGUUACCAGAGAAUUUAACAAUAUUGACAUUAGGCAGGGACUUUAGAAAACCAAUUGGCAGAGAUAUAUUACCAAGCAAAUUAAAGAAACUUCAUCUUAGUGAUAGAUUCCUUUUCGGUACGCUAGAAAAAGGAUAUCUACCAGAUAGUAUUACAGACCUCAAGAUAACUUUUGGUAAUAUUAGAAAUAUAGAUUAUCUACCAAAAGGAUUGGUAAAGCUAAAAUUGUGUGGUCUUUCAAAUUGCCAGUUUGACCUUAGGCUCCCAGAGACCCUUACCAGUUUAUCACUAAUACCAAAGCUAUCAGAAACAUCAUUGUUCUAUUUACCAACAUCACUAAAGUCGCUUACUAUUGGCAAAGAUUUCUAUAACGAGUUACUACAGUUUAACAACGGGGAUAAUAUACUCGCUAGGAUAGAAAAAUUAAAACUAAGGGGCGGCAGUGCUGACUUUGAUGUGAAUACUGUACCAUCCAAUAUCAAGUCUCUAGGUUUUACAAAGAUAGAUAAAAUUACACUUACUUCCAAAGAUAGCUUUUCACCACUAGUCCAUUUAGAAACACUAAAACUCAAUAACAAAUACGACAAGAUAAUAUAUCUACCACCCAGUUUAACAAAUCUUCAACUUGGAUUUUCAUUUAAUUCAUUAAUACCCAACCUUUCCGAAACACCAUUAAAAUAUUUAAAAUUGGGUCGAGAGUUUAAUUUAGACCCCUUAAGAUUAUUCAAGUUACCACCAACAUUAACUAUUUUAGAAAUUGGAGAGCAGUUUGGACAUGUUAUAGAUAGUCAUUGGUUACCAGCUAACUUAGAAAUCUUAAUUGUAAAUUCAGUUACACCAAAUAUUCAACUACCACUUCCUCCAAAACUACAUUCACUCUACAUCUCCUCAUUAAACUCAACAAUUUUACUUAAUAAUGAAAAACUUAAUCAAUUCCUACAUAUCAUUAAACCAAUUGAUGAAUUAAAACUUUUAACUAUUUUUAAAAAACUAUUAAAAAAUAAAUAA